CAUCACGCCGCUUAAAAAAGCCGUCCACAGACCGAUCCCCUACUUUCACCUCCCCGAAAUAAACUAUCAUGGGUCGCCGUCCCGCUCGCUGCUACCGCUACUGCAAGAACAAGCCGUACCCCAAGAGUCGGUACAACCGUGGUGUCCCCGAUCCCAAGAUUCGUAUCUUCGAUCUUGGACGCAAGCGUGCCUCUGUCGACGAGUUCCCCUUCUGCUGCCAUCUUGUCUCUGAUGAGUACGAGCAAUUGAGUUCGGAGGCUCUUGAAGCCGCUCGUAUUUGCGCCAACAAAUACGUGACCAAGACGUCCGGCAAAGACUCUUUCCACUUGCGUGUCCGUGUCCACCCCUUCCACGUCAUCCGAAUCAACAAGAUGUUGUCUUGCGCCGGUGCCGAUCGGCUGCAACAGGGCAUGCGUGGUGCCUGGGGAAAGCCCUACGGCAGUGUCGCACGAGUGAACAUUGGCCAGGUCCUCCUCUCCAUCCGGUGUAAGGAGGCCAACGCGCCCAUCGUCAUGGAGGCGCUGCGCCGUGCCCGGUACAAGUUCCCCGGCCGCCAAAAGAUCAUCGUCUCCAAGAAGUGGGGAUUCACGAAUGUCAACAAGGCGGACUACAUUAAGCUGAAGGAGGAGAAGAAGGUGUUGCAGGAUGGUGCCUACGUACAGUUCAUCAGGCCCAAGGGCCCUCUCGAGACCAACUUGCGCAACCAGCUCCGUGCAUGAUUGUAUCAGUAGUCCUAUGAUGUUCACCGUGCUCGUUCUGUUUCCUGUGUGAUUUAAGGUUCUUCUCGUUCUCUCUUCUUUCCCUUUUCAUUCUCACUCUCAUAACCGCCCUCUUAUUCACUACUCCACCUCGAUCAAUGGGUGGUGCGAGGGGAACGGGGGCGAAUAUCUAUCUUGCAUUCAAAUCCGGAGAUCUUAACUACUACUUGUCUCCUUGUUCGCGGGUUUGCUGUCCAGCUAGUGCGCGGCGGUUUUGUCUACAUACAUAUCCAGUUUCGAAUCGUAUUCUUGCUUUCUAAGUUUAA